AUGCUAAUUCACUUGAUUUCUCGUCUGGUUUAUCCAUCAUUCCGAUUUCAACCUUCAAAACUCUCAGCUUUACGGUUUUCCACAACCGCCGAGAGAUUAUACGACCAUCUUCAGGGAUGCACGAGCAACCUCGAGAAGGAAUUAACCUCAGCCUCGGGCAAAGUGAAAUUGGACGCCUCUUGUAUCAACGAGGUAAUCAGAAGAUGCAAACCAAAGCAAUUCCAAUCAGCUCUUAGGUUUUUCAUAUGGGCAGGUACUCAAUCCGGACACAGACACAGUCCUUACAUGUAUAGCAAAGCUUGCGACUUGCUUAAGAUUACUUCAAACCCAGAUUUGAUCAGAGACGUAGUCGAAUCUUAUCGGAAAGAGGAAUCCUUUGUUAGUGUGAAGACGAUGAAGAUCGUUCUGUCUCUUUGCAAUCAAGCGAAACUCGCCGACGAAGCAUUCUGGGUAUUGCGGAAACUUCCCGAAUUCGAUUUACGCGCAGACACUGUUUCGUAUAAUCUGGUGAUUAGGUUGUUUGCGGAGAAGGGAGAUUUGAGUAUGGCUGAGAAGUUAAUGAAAGAGAUGGACUUUAUCGAUCUUUGUCCAGAUGUGAUCACUUACACGUUGAUGAUCAAUGGGCUUUGCAAUGCGGGUGAGAUUGAUAAAGCUUGGGAAUUGGCUAAGGCCAUGAGCAAGCACGGAUGCGUGCUUAACACCGUGACGUAUUCGAGGGUUUUAGAAGGAGUUUGCAAGUGUGGAGAUAUGGAGAGAGCGUUAGAGGUGUUGGCGGAUAUGGAGAAAGAAGAUGGGUUUAGUCCCAAUGCGGUUACUUACACUCUGGUGAUUCAAGCGUUCUGUGAGAAGAAACGAGUUCGUGAGGCGUUGAUGGUGUUGGAUAAGAUGGUAGAGAGAGGAGGGUGUUUGCCGAAUCGUGUUACUGCUAGUGUUUUGAUUCAAGCGGUUUUGGAGAAUGGUGAUGAGGAUGCUGCUGAGGGUUUGAUUGAUAAGCUGGUGAAGCUUGGAGGUGUUUCUCGUUCUGAGUGUUAUAGUUCGGCUGUUGUAUCGCUGAUCCGUUUGAGAAGAUGGGAGGAGGCGGAGAAGAUUUUCCGGAUGAUGUUGGUGAGAGGGAUUAGACCGGACGGUGUUGCGUGUAGUCUUGUUCUUAGAGAGUUGUGUUUGUUAGAGAGGUAUCUAGAUUGUUUCCUUCUGUAUGAGGAAAUCGAGAAGGUGAAAUCGACGAUGGACUCGGAUUUGUAUUCGAUUCUUUUGCUUGGUCUAUGCGAACAAGGGCGUUCUUGUGAAGCUGCUAAGCUUGCGAACUCCAUGCUCGGUAAGAAACUGAGAUUGGAUGCUUGUUAUGUUGAGAAAAUCAUUGAGGCUUUGAAGAAAAGUGGUGAUGAAGAUGAAGAUCUCAUGCGUCGUCUCUCCAAGAUUUAA